AUGGGUGCAAGAUUCUACGUCUGUGUACCCUUUUCGGGCCAUCAACCCACUGUCAUCUAUCCACAAAACAAAGAAGUGGGCACGGACGUUAUGUUAAUUCCGUUUCGAUCGCAUUACAUCUACAUAAUUGGCACGGUCAUUUCGAAUAUUGUUAUAAUUGCGAAUCAGAAAGAGCGAACGUUGGCGAAUCCUGGAUGGGGAGUGGCUGCUGCGGCCGCGGUUCGACACAAAAACUUCAAUUGCCUUGUCACCCUCGAUAUCACGGGCAAUGUACUUGUGUACGGAUAUAAUCAACGCAGUGUAACGAAACCAGAAAUCGCUCCACUUUUGUCGUUCAAGACGUUUUCGCACGCUACU